AUGAUCGCAGAGGAUCCUCCUGAAAUCCUGGAGGAGGCCCAUCCACUUCCGCUCCCGCUCGUCCAUCCGUCUCCAUCCACUCGUGAUCCCAUCAUUCCAUCAUUCUAUCAUCCAACUGGCAAGCGCCCGCUCCGUCAGUUGCAAUCAGAAUCGGUCACGGUCUGCGUUCCCCUUCUUGACAUCACGACCGUUUGCCUCUCGUGUUGCCUUCAGAACGACCUUCCAUCAAACUUCCAAAAUUUGCAUUCAGGCCGCGAUGCCGACGCGCGCUUCCUAAACCCAAGCCGUAGCUCCCCCGAAAGAUCGUACCGGAUGCGUGGCCUGCCGCCGAAUGAUGGACGUCAGGUUCGCCCGCGUGAAGGACGAGAGAACCGUACCUCCUAG